AAUCCUUCGACUUUCAUCUUUCUCUGCAUGAUAUGGGAUCUGUGGUCUAUGUCAGCCAAAUUAAUUCGCGGAAUGGCAUGAGAAUGGAGGAGGUAAUUCCGCAAUCCGAACCCAACCCUGAGGGUUCUAGCAGUUCAUCAGUCUCAACGCCAGAACCAGAUGGUGAAAUCCUUCUUCAAGGCGCUGUCAAGCGGCAGAAGCGAAAGGGAGGGCGCAAGCCGAUAUAUGCCACCUCCGAAGAGCGCAAGCAAAGAAAUAGACAAGCGCAAGCGGCGUUUCGGGAACGGCGAACCGAGUACAUGAAGCAGCUGGAGACUACCAUCAAGCACAAUGAGGAAACCCUGCAGUCGUUGCAGCAGAGUCACCGUAAUGCUGCUGAUGAAUGUCUGAUGCUCCGCUAUAAGAAUUCGCUGCUGGAGCGAAUUCUAUUGGAAAAAGGCAUUGACGUUCAGGCUGAGUUGCGUCUGAAGAGUGGCAGUCCCAAUAUGCUAUCAGCCAAGCCUGCUGGACAAACCAUAAGCCAAAACUCCCCUCUUUCACGAGCCGCUAGCAACAGACAGUCUGUCAAUCGCCACAAGGUUGGGGAGACACCAAAGCUUGACCAUUCUAAUAUCUCGCAGGCACAUCGUGAGGAUGCCCAUACUAUGAGUUCCCCUCAACUGCAUCCCACUCCAACCUCCCAUGUCUCGUCACCUUCCACCGCUAAGUCCCCCGGCUUUAACCUGCAAGGCGGCAUUUCCAUACCCGGCGCGGAAAUUCAACCCCAGCAGCAAAAGGAUACUUCGCAGUUACACCAACUCCUGCCACCGUCAAUAUUGCCCGCGUCCAGCCACUAUAGCAGCAACGGGAACGGUAGCAACGGCCAUCACUGCAUUUCGGCGACUUCUCCCGAUCCCGCAACGCCAAUGACAGCUGCCCUCCCAAAUGUAUCACCAGACAGUGGAGUAAACAUGGAUCGGACCGGUUCAGGUUACUACCUUUCACCGUUCCAGAAGCAUUACGACCAAUUAGAACAAGAAUAUGAAACCCAAAUCGACAUGCUCGAUGAAGAUGAGCACGAUCUAGACGACUCUACAGAAGACACUUUAUCCACGCCCGCCUACCACGAGCCCUCGACCCCACCAUCCGGAAUCGCUCGAUCUCAGCCUCAAUCUGGUCCUGAGGCUCAAGCUCAGGUCCAGCAAAACGAGCACGACAUUGCUACUUCUCUUGCUGAGACGACUACCUCCGCCACGACCCUUAACGAAGAUAUAGAUAUUUUUGUACAAGACGAAUCGCUCUUCAAUGUCUUCGAUCCCAUGCUUGACCCGGAUCCGUUUGGUUUGACGGCAAGCAUGCACUUCCAAACUCCAUUCAGCUAUGUCGAGAGCCAUGUGGGGCCAUGAGAAUAAAAAUUGGAGAAGAGAGCAAA